AUGCCGCGUUUAGAUGAAGAUACACAACAAACCCUGCGCGAUGCAGAACAAGGAAUCAGACGGCGAACAGCCAGUGCCUGGGACAGCUUCAGCAACUUCGCCCUACGCGACAACGUGCUCGAAGUAGCCGUCGGACUGAUCCUCGCAGCCUCCUUCACUGCCGUCGCAAACUCCCUUGUCUCCUCCAUCAUCCUCCCCGUAAUCUCGCUCCUACCCUUCCUCUCCCGCAACCUCGACGCCAAAUUCGCGAUCCUACAAUCCGGACCCAACUACAACACCACCAUCUCCAACGGCUACAACACCCCUAAGCAGGCUGUUGACGAUGGCGCCGUGGUGCUAGCGUAUGGCGAGUUCUUGGACAAGAUAGUCAGGUUUUUGGUUGUUGCGUUGGCGCUUUGGGUGAUGGCGCUGGCGUAUUCGAGGGGCAGUGGGGAUAAUAUUGUCAAGAAGCAGGUGAAAUGUCGCUUCUGCAGGAAGUAUAUUACGAAGUCCACUUUCAAUUUCGCUUACUUGAAUAGGCUUGAUAUGGGCGCACGCAAGACCCUCCGUUUCGCUAUUGACGUAGGCGCCGAAGAAGUGAUGGGGCAAAAGAUAAGUGUAUCGGGUACGUGUACGUAUCCCAACUUCCCCCCUGUUCCACAACCGUCACCUCAGGUCACAACGCAGAGAGGGGCUCUGCAUCGAGAGUGA